GACAUGGCGAGAAAGGAAAAGGGGCCAGAUACUCGGAGUUUGUGGCCCGAUCACAUGUAGCCGGGACGGGCAGCCAGGCAUUCUCAGUUCUAUGUCUAUUUACUGUUCGAUGUAGCAGCAGCAACAUCAACAAAAAUGGAUAGCCACGAAGAAGAAUUCAAUCCCCAAAUUUCUCAUCAACAAUAACAACAGCAACAUUUCUCAAAGAGAGAUGGUGAUACUCUACUGUCAAAUUCACUUGAUAAGAAAGAUGGUGGUGACAAAGAGGAGGUAUUAACUAACUAGGUAUGGCGAAGCUUGGUUUGAUAACCGGCAGGCUUUGUUGAAGGAGUUUCCAGGAGGUUUAGAACGAAAGGGUGUUUUUAACCUACGCUGUCAAAGAACAGAUUAGUGGUCAAUCUGGAACACAAGGUGUAUGAAGUUAUGUAUAAUGUAUCUGAAAUACAAGUUGGAUGCCUCUUGCCGUUAUUUGUAUACAAAGGUAUUCUUUGCAAGCAUGCUUUAUCUGUCUUGAAUGAAUUUGUGGAGGAAAUCCUGUCUCAGUACAUACUCUUAAGAUGGUGCAAAGAUUUCAAACGUAAAUUUCUUUUGAAUCAUCACUUGGACCAUUCAGAUGUUAGAAACCCAGUGCAACAUUAUGAUAUUCUGUAUCAGAAUGCCAUUCAACUUGUAGAUGGAGGAGUGCUAUGAGCUUUAAAUUCGUUUCGCAACGAUUACAAGACUUGAAGAAUAAGGUCCAUAUUGAGAAGUGUUUCUUCUUAGCUACAAAAACUGAGUAUUUGGUGCUCGGUUUACAACCUGCCCGACUUCCUGUAAUGACAAAGUGUCUCUGUAAGUUGUUUGGUAAUGCACUCCAUAAGGGCUUUUCACUUUCGGAAGAGAGAAACUUGGAUUGCCUUUGCUGGAUCGCUUAUGCUUGGAGACCAAGUUCUUUUCUUACCUUAUGGACACUACAUUAGCCAAGCAAUUGUUGCAGAAGAUCGAAGAUCUUGAAGCAGGAGACGGCGAGCUUAAACAAGAAAUGUUGAAACUAGUCCUUCAUGGAAGCCUUACAGGCUGCAGAAUCGAUUCUGCAGAUAAAUUGGUUUACAGUGACCAGAAAUGUUGCACAAAUUCAACUACGGGACCAAGAUUUGCGGGUUCAAGGAGAAAGGUUGGUGGUGGGGGUUACAGCGAAACCAUGGCAGGGUGUGCGGCAAGCUCAAAUUCAUUAAGAUUGAGAGAGAAUAGUGGUGCUGAUCCUUUAAAUCCUGUAACACAGUUUAAAUUUGACGGAGAUGCAUUCUUUGAAUAUCUUGGAGUCAAUGGGCCAGGCAGUUCAUUUUUAUGAUCACAGUUACAUAAUAUGUUACUGGAAUCGUGCUGCUGAGCAACUUUUUGGUUAUUCUGUAUCAGAAGCGCUUGGUCGGUGUACCCUUGGCCUCAUUAUUGAGGAACAGGACUUUAACGAAGCGGACAAAAUUGGACGCAGGACUGCCAUUGGGCAAUGCUACACUGGACAGUUUCCUGUCAGGAACAAGCAAGGGAGACGAUUUAAAGUCAUCGUUACCAUUAAGCCAUUAUAUGAUGAUACUGGUGAGAUCAUUGGGGUUGUCCGUGUAUCGUGUGAUUCACAGCCCUUUCGAGAUAUUGCUCCAGUUUUCUCUAAAACAAGUCCUAUUCCGGAAGACGCCUACACUAACGCUAGUCAGAAGCCUAGAAGUGGUUUCGCAACAACUAAACCUUGUUUUAACACUCAGGAGAUUCUGCAUGUUGUGAUUUGCUCAAAAAUAUGGAAGCUGGCAUCAAGAAUGACCAAAAUAUUGUUCUCAAAAUUGAUACCUCGUGUGAAAACCAUGAAGCAUGAGAUCCUUCAUGGGGGAAGCUCAUAUGCUAACCCUCAAGGUUUCAGAGAAACAAAUUUUUUGGAUAAACGGAAUGAUGCCCUGCAGGAAGGAUCCCCAAUAAACUCCCGUGGAGAUUCAGACGACAAGGGUAAAGGUACGAUUUCCCACGAGAUGGUGUCUUAUUCACGGGCAUGGAAAGGAACCAAACAAAGUAGGUUUGUAACAAGGAUUCCCACCACCUAUGGUGUGUUGUAUGAUGAACAGGAAGAUGAUUUCAAUCGUCAGAGGAGUACUGAGCCUGAAAGCCAGAUAGUGCAGUGUAGCCGAUUUGGUGGAAAUGAAGCCUCUGGUUCUACAUUCUCCUCUUUUGACAGUGCAAGCACUGUGACCAUUAACAAUAGCAGUGUAUGUCCUCUUCAUAACUUUGAUACGGAUGCAGACUCUUCGGAUUAUGAUAUCUCGUGGGAAGACUUGACCUUCGGUGAACAAAUAGGGCAGGGUUCAUCUGCAACCGUGUUUCACGGCCUAUGGUGUGGCUUGGAUGUUGCUAUAAAGGUAUUCCUCAAUUUUGAGAACUGGGAUGGCUUAUUAAGUUGCUUCAGAGAAGAGGUGUUACUCAUGAAGAGACUCCGACAUCGGAAUUUACUACUAUUUUUGGGAGCAGUGACUUCACCUCCGCAUCCCUGCAUUAUCACCGAGUUCCUCCCACGUGGAAGUCUGUUUCAGUUGCUUCACCGUAACUUUGUUACGAUGGAUUGGAGGCGACGUGUUAACAUGGCUUUAGAUGUUGCACGAGGAAUGAAUUAUCUUCAUCAAUGGGACCCACCAAUUGUUAAUUGUGAUUUGAAGUCAUCGAAUCUGCUGGUUGACAAGAACUGGACUGUGAAGGUUGGUGAUUUUGGUCUCUCGCGGCUCAAACAUGCAACCUUUCUUACAACAAAGAAAUGGAGGGGAACGACACAGUGGAUGGCGCCAGAGGUUAUUCGUAACGAGCCAGUGGAUGAGAAGUCUGAUGUAUAUAGCUUUGGAGUUGUUUUGUGGGAGCUUGCCACACUGAAGAUCCCCUGGUAUGGCCUAACACCCGUGCAGGUGAUUGCAGCUGUAGGAUUCAUGGAACAGCGUCUUGAGAUUCCGAAAGACAUGAACCCACAAUGGGCAUCUUUAAUUAAGAAUUGCUGGCAAAGCAAGCCUGAACGCUGACCAACAUUCGGAGAACUGCUUGAAAAGUUGAUGGUUCUACAGAGUGCAGAGACAUUAUUUUAUUCAAAGCCUAGUGAUUCUCUUUUAGGGCAUGGUGGUAGUUAAUAUCUUCUUAACAUUGCUGCAGUGGAUUAAUGUAUCUAACAUACAAGUUGGUUGCACUUGCAGAUGAUUUUAACGAGUGGUGGAUUAACAUUAUAGUUGUAACGAGUGGUGGUUAGUUUUAUCAUGAAUCACUGUUUUAAGUCAGUCAAUUUGUAUUUGUAAUUUUGUCUGUGCGGUGACCCUUGUUAAGAAGAAGACAAACUGAUAUUGGUGUCCCAAAAUGCCUAAUAAAGUUUACCUUGGAAGUUGAGUUUGGAAUGCCUUCAAACAGUGACAAAUAAAAUCAAAAUAUGAAGCUCUUUAUAUAGAUAACUCCACAACCAAACAAACCCUAGAUUUCCCUACACAAUUGAAAUACUUGCUAACUAAGAAAAGAUAAAGUUACUGUGCAAUCAAGUCUCUUUCCUUGAAGAUGCUUCCAUACGUCUUGAUAAUAUGUUAUUAGAUUGUCUCAAGAACAUGUCAUUAGUUUCUCUGGAAGCUGCUCUAAUAUAAUUUGGUAGAAUCCACAAAAUUUUCAUUAAAGAUGGUGGCAUC